UACAGUAGAUUUAUUGUCAGCACGCUGCACAACGCUGACGACAUGAUGUGUGGUGACUGGAGGUUGGCGUGGUAUCAGAGUUCAGCUAACAGUGAGCGUCAUUCAUUGGCUCAUCUUACAUACAGCCACUGUCUGCUGAGGGAGAACAAACAGAGAAGGCGGCUUUGCAACUGUGUGGGUGUGAGUUAGCACCCUCUAGUGGAGCAGCUGGCAAUCUUUCCUGCACAACUUGCGUCUGUUUCCUGUGAUCAGCAUUUCAAGAGGUCUAUGGUCCAGUUCUAAGCAGAGACCAUGCGGUGUUUGGAGCUGCUCUUACUACUGUUGUUGAUCAUUUAUGAUGCCAGUUGUCAGUGGAACGUAUGGGUACCUCGAGAUAUCUCGGCCAUGACUAACUCCUGCGUGGUCAUCCCCUGCACUUUCGUAUAUCCAUCUGGUAUCCGACCGUAUCAUGGCAUUCACGGUAUCUGGUACUUUGGCCAGCCCUACCCUCAACUCUUCCCUCCUGUAGUCUUCAAAUCACGCACAGAUAUUGUGCAUGAGAGCUACAAGGGCCGCACCAAACUUCUGGGAGAUCUGCACCAGAGAAACUGCACACUUCUCAUUAACAACAUCGGUGCAGAGCACUCAGGAAAAUACUACUUUCGAGCUGACCUCGGUGGAGCCAACAUGUAUACGUUCCCUGACUUUGCUGAGCUUAAAGUUCUGGAUCAACCAAACAUCGACAUGCCCGAGGAGAUCGUCAGUGAUGAGAGUUUGGAGCUGACGUGCUACGCUCCUGAUAACUGCCCUAACAUGACUCCAGAAAUCCAGUGGAUGUACACUGACUACCUGCCUGACCCAGAGUUAUCUUCUGAUUACCUGGAGGAGAGUAACACUGCAGUACUUUCCAGCACACUCACCUUCACGCCCAGACCCAUGCACAAUGGACAGCUGCUGGGCUGCAGGGUCUACUACCCCAACACCACGCUCGUCUAUGAGAGGCUCAUCUCUUUAGACAUCAAGUAUGGCCCUCGAUCGGUGUGGGUGAACAUCUCCUCAGAGGUGAUGGAGGGCAGCUCUGUGACGCUGCACUGUGAGGUAGACAGUAACCCUCCUCCCAGGAUCUCCUGGAUGUUUGGAGACCAGGAACUGCUGUGGGACACAGCAUCCAAUGUCUCUUUGUCCCUGGACGAUCUGACACCUGCACAGGAAGGAGUCUACACUUGUGUUGGGCACAAUGGCUACGGGACCAUGAACACUUCAAUGUACCUCGCUGUCAAGUACCCUCCCCGUGAGCCUUUGGUAAAUGGCUCCAUGACAGUACUGGAGGGCACCACUCUGGCCCUACAUUGCAGCACCCAGGGAAGCCCGGCCCCGACCCUGACCUGGCUGAAGGAUGGGGAGCUGGUGGGCAUGAUCACUGCUGAUGAGUUGUCAGUGCUGGAGAUCACAGAGAUCACACCGCAGGGAGAUGGGCAGUACCGCUGUCUGGCUGAGAAUGAACAUGGGCGUGCCAGCAGCUCCCUCAACAUCACUGUUGAGUAUGCCCCAGUCCUUCUGGAAGAGUCUAAAUGUACGGUGGUGAGGGAGGGUGUCCAGUGUGUCUGCAUGGCCUCAGGGAACCCUGAACCCACCAUUGAGUUCUACUUGCCUGAUCUGAACAUCACCAUCAAUGAAACCAAUGGACAUUACAACUUCUACACGCACACAGACGGGCACACAUCCACAGGCAUGAUCAAGCUGCGGGAGAAAGGCGAGCGUGUCGGCAAUGGCGUCCCUGCCGUCAAUGUCCACUGCAGUAUCUCCAACAUGUAUGGAACAGAAAGUGUGCAUCUGGAGUUCCAGCAGGAGAAAAAGUACAUGAUGGCCGUUAUAGUCGGAACCAUUGGGGGCGUGGCAGUAAUAGCCUUCAUCAUUGCAGCAGUGAGAUAUGUUGGCCACAACAACAAAAAAGAGAAUGGCAACCCUAGGCAGGACGUGGUCCUGGAGAACCCAGCUUUGUACUACAGCGCAGUCAAGAAGGACAAACAUAAUCUGAGGAAGAAAGUGCUUAAGACAGAGCUGUUGGGCUCAAAGUUUAACUCCAUUCUAGAAGAGACCACGGGAGAAGACGGGGAUUAUCAGCAUGUGGGCUCUAUGGCAGAACUGGAGAGGCGAGAGCUGAACUACGCUGCCCUGGAUUUUGCCCGGGCGAGGGCCAGGGAAGGGAGCUCAGGAAGAGAGGAUGACAGCAGCAACUACAUGGAAAUCAAAGCCAAAUGAAUUGCGAUCCUUCCCUGAUCCCUCGUCUAGGCGAGACGCAGUGGCAGCCCUGAAACCCUCCUCGUGUUCUUGUCUCAAACUCUGUAACAACCACACUCUUCUGGAUUUCUCUCCGCAUACGAUGGCGUCUAUUUUUUACAUUUAUUUAGGUUUGUUACCUAUAAUACCCAGUACUUCCCCAUUUUCCAGAAGUCCCCACUUUGGGGCAACUGGUACUUUUUAGUCAAAACAAAAACUACUGGACAAUGUCAUGAAUUGACUUCCAGCAUCUGAUGUAAUAUACAGGUUCUAACGUUUGCAGAAACUAUGUUGAUGUUGCUUUUGUCAUAUUCUUCAUUGUGAAAGUCGAUUUUCUUUUCAAACACCCUGACGUCUGUGAUCGUGUUCUACAGGCGUCUGAAGUAAUGGUCACUGUGUCUGCUGCCGGUCGAAGUGUCAGGGGAAGGGGUAACUGUGCUUUUCACUUUCUUAUCUAUAUAUAUAUAUGUAUGUAUGUAUGUAUGUAUGUAUGUUGUGUGUGUGUGUGUGUCUGCUGCCCGAUGGCAAGAGAAUUCCCGCUCCUCUCACACUUCAUUAAUUACACCCCAUGAAGAUAAGUGAUUGAGGUGAGAGAUACAAACACAUCUGAGUGUUUUGUUUCCACAUAGUUUUAUUUGGCGUGUUGUGACUCCAUCACCUCUGAUGAUAAAUAAAAAUGUUGAGAAUUUGUCACCAUCACCUUUAUAUUAUCAGAAAUGAAUAUGUGUUGUGGUUUUCAUUGACAUCAUCAAGUCUCAGCAAAUGGUGAUGCUGCUACCAUGAUCCAAUGAGAUGGGAGAAAAU